AUUACAUAUUAAAAUUAUUGGUUCGGUUAUUUCUUUUCAUCAUCAUCUUUGAUCAAUGAUUUGCGCAGAUUAAUUACAAUAAAAAGACAUUUUAGAUAGUGCACAUGAAAUAUUCGGGACAAACUAUGCACCAUUCCUCCACUAUUCCAACCAUGAGAUUGAUAUUUUCUUUUUCCCCAUCUCGAAUCUCUUCCAGUUCUGCGAGGUAUGAAAAUUUUUUCGCCAUGGCAGCUAAACCAUCGAUCGCGUAUAAAUACGCGGCUACCUUAUCUCCUACCACCCUUUAUAGUCUAUCUACUACUAAACGUUUCGCGUCGGACAUUAAACAGAUUGUGACGGAUCCAGAAAAUUCUAGAAAUCUGCAGAAUUAUAGGAUCUCUAAAGAGGAAUUCGAAGGUAUAGAACGAGAUCAUUCCAUCAUCAAGAUUAUAGUGGGGAUAGUGGUUCUGAUGCUAAGUUUUUUCAUAACGGUGGCCUUGAUCUAUUUAGUGAGAACGUGCAAAUCCAAAAUAUUAUCGUUGCUUUCACACACCCUGGGAUGCAGCUUGGUAGAUAGUUACCGUCCUACCCUUCAGAUCAACAAAAAAGGUUAUGGCGGCCAUUUCGGAGGAGGUUAUAACCCCCCGGUUACAGUUGAACUGCCCUUAACGGACGAUUCGUCACCGAUUAAGACCAGAUCCAUAAAAUCUCCCAAAGCGCACCCGAGAUUUGUGAAUAAACUCUCCCAAAAUAGUGAUCACGUUGAUGUUUACGCGACAAAAGAUGACAAUAUGGCUAACGUUGAAGCCAAAGGAUGGGACAAAAUUUUCGCCAUGAAAGAUAGAUUGGCUGAGUUAGCCGCAUUAGAGGAUUCUUGGGUGAUGGAGGAAAAGGAAGCAGGUUGGUGUCCAGCUUCAAAUAAUUUAACGGUUCCCAUCAUGAUUGUCAUCAAUAGUCCUAAUGGAACCAAAAAACGAAUUAAUUAAUAAAAAAUGUUCAAAAAAUUAAUCCUUAAAAAACAAGGCUUCCAAUUUCAUUUUUUUCCAGGUCUUCUCUUGUAUCCAUUUUUUUUUCUCCCAUAAUCUUCCCUAUGACACACCCAUCUAACGUUGAAAUA